GGCAGGUUUCUGUAAUCAACGAAUAUGAAGCUUUUUGAUAUCCUUCUGUUCACCGUGGCGAUUUUCCUUAAUUCUAUUGAAUUAACUUCACAAAAAUUUUGGCAAAGGACAAAAAUACAAUAUCCUCCGGACCAUGUAUUUACUUUUAGUGGCGUUUACGCUUACAUUUCUAAAGAGUUCACCGAACUAGAAGGAAGUUAUCUCGGCGGAGUAAGAGAUGGUUAUCUUUUUGGAAUCUACCUCGACGAAAAAGAAAAUGUUAGGAACAUAUUUAAUUGUAAGAAGAAACCGAUUAAAAUAGAAAUGAAAUAUGAUCAUCGUAGCACAGUAAAUAAACGCGACUUUGAAUAUUUUCCUUUCCUUCUACCAAGUCUGAAAAUGUUUUCAUCUAAAGUCAAUUUUGUACACGCCAAACCAAGUGAAGAGAAAAAAAAGUUUUUUAAUUUUUACAAGUCCUGAAUAAUUUUUGGAAAAAAGUACAAGAAAAGUUCUAUUUUACUUUGACGUGGCGUUCUUACAAUGGCUCAUCAGAUUUCUCAUGUAAAAAGGUCCAGUUGAAAUUGAACUAAAGUACCAAGAUAGUUCAAAUCACAAAAAAAAGCUAUAAAAAAAAUAAAGAGAAAAAAUGGUUAACAGUAUGCACCAUAUGACUUUAUCAUCAUUAAUUUAUUAAAAAAUUUCCCGUAUCACCUGCACUUUUUUUGGACUAAACUACCGAAAAAGUUUCACUUUAUUUUUUUAGGGAAGAACUUUUGAGAAAAAAGCAACAAAAAAGCAUUACUUUCUUCUAUAAAUUUUUUUAUUAUUGUUAUUAUUUCAGACCCGCAGAGAAUUUCUAAACAAAUUAAAUUGUUCUUUCAGGAUUGUUUGGUUCCGAAAACUGUUAUUU